AUUCAAUAACGCCUAUGCCUCAGCUUCGAGAUAAUGCGACUCAAAUUUACCAAUGAAGAGUAUUGUCAGCGCUUACACGUUGACAAAGGCGCGCAAGAUAAGAUGAUUAUCAUCAUCAGACUACAGUGGGCAGCAGACUGAACGAAAAAUGAGGCUCGCCGUUUACAAGUUUUUUACAUUAUUUCUGCUAGUUGCCUUGGUCGGACAAAUUGGAGCUGAUCCAGGCAGGGAUGACACCAUUGUGUCCAGUCUUGACCAGCUCUUUCUAGGCGCCAACAGUCGCGACCAAAAUGUCAGCAUUGAGGAUCAUCCUUACCAGGUGUCCAUUCAAUUCAGCUUUUACGGUCACAUCUGUGGAGGAGCCAUUCUUUCCGAAAGAUGGAUCAUCACCGCCGCCCGUUGCGUCUGGGAGAGGCCCGUCGAAAAAUUUGUUGUAAUGGCGGGCUCGGUAGCACUGGACGACACAACCACCAGUAUACUGAAUUCAGUGGAGAGGAUUGUGAUCCACCCUGAGUACGAUGGCUCUAGACUCCCUCUGAAGGACAUCGCUCUUCUCAGGCUAGCAACCGAUUUGCCCUUGGGCGAGCGAAUCGCGGCAAUUGAUUUGCCGCCGCAGGACUUUCAGCCAGGUGUGCUCGGACUGACGUGCAAUAUGAGCGGGUGGGGCUCUGAAGAAUACUUGAAUGACAUUCCACUUGACGUGAGGGUGCAGGAAUACCAAACUUUUGGGUUCUUUCUCUGUAAAAACACAUACUCGAUUCUGAGCAUCACCCUGCCAGAAGAGACUCAGUGCGUUGUAAACCCCCUGCCUUCAGUGAUUAACGGCCCAACGCCGUGUACAGGAGACUGGGGCAGUCCAUUAAUUUGUGACUCUGAUGGGCCACUACUGCUUGGUAUUAACUCGGGAGACCCUCCACCCUGUGGAAUGGAUAUCAGCGGCGUUAGCUUGCCCUUUCUCUUUUCAAGGGUUAGCUUUUACACAGAUUGGAUUAAGUCAACAAUCGAAAAUACCCCCAAAUAAGUCUACUUAGGCUGUGAUAACCACAAAAAAUAAUUAUAUUUUUUGUUACAUUUGUUUCCUGUUCUAAUUUAUUUGUAAAUUUAUACAAAGCAAUAAAAAAUAUAAUAAGUCAAACAAACAGCUGGCUGAAAAACGA